CAGGAAGGCCGCUGCCUGUAUGUCAUCCUGCUCAUGGCGGUGUACUGGUGUACGGAGGCCCUACCCCUGUCAGUGACGGCUCUCCUACCCAUCAUCCUCUUCCCCUUCAUGGGCAUUCUACCCUCCAGCAAGGUCUGCCCCCAGUACUUCCUCGACACAAACUUCCUCUUCCUCAGCGGCCUGAUCAUGGCCAGUGCCAUCGAGGAAUGGAACUUGCACCGGAGAAUCGCUCUCAAGGUCCUCAUGCUAGUUGGAGUCCAGCCUGCCAGGCUCAUUCUGGGGAUGAUGGUGACCACUUCAUUCCUGUCCAUGUGGUUGAGCAACACGGCCUCCACCGCCAUGAUGCUGCCCAUCGCCAAUGCCAUCCUCAAAAGCCUCUUUGGCCACCGGGAAGCUGGGAAGGACCUUCAUCGGGAAGGCGAUGAGAGCACAGCUGCUGUGCGGGGAAAUGGACUGCGAACAGUGCCCACGGAGAUGCAGUUUCUGGCCAGUUCAGAAGGUAAAAGCCACCCUGAGGAGGCAGAGGCCCCACUGGAGCUGCCUGGUGACUCCAAGGAGGAGGAAUAUCGCAGAAAUAUCUGGAAGGGCUUCCUCAUCUCCAUCCCCUACUCAGCCAGUAUUGGGGGCACCGCCACCCUCACAGGAACAGCCCCCAACCUCAUCCUGCUUGGCCAGCUCAAGAGUUUCUUUCCACAGUGCGAUGUGGUGAAUUUCGGCUCCUGGUUCAUCUUUGCCUUCCCUCUUAUGCUGCUGUUCCUGCUAGCUGGCUGGCUCUGGAUCUCCUUCCUCUAUGGUGGAAUGAGCUGGAGGGGCUGGAGGAAGAAGAAGUCUGAGAUAAGAGCUGAUGCAGAGGACAAAGCUCGAGCUGUCAUCCGAGAAGAGUUCCAGAGCCUGGGGCCCAUCAAGUUUGCCGAACAGGCCGUUUUCAUCUUGUUCUGUGCGUUUGCCAUCCUCCUCUUCUCCCGGGACCCGAAGUUCAUCCCUGGCUGGGCCAGCCUCUUCGCCCCUGGGUUUGUUUCGGAUGCUGUCACCGGUGUGGCCAUUGUCAUCAUCCUGUUCUUCUUUCCAUCCCAGAAGCCCUCACUCAAGUGGUGGUUUGACUUCAAAGCUCCCAACUCGGAGACUGAGCCCCUGCUGAGCUGGAAGAAAGCCCAGGAGACGGUGCCCUGGAAUAUCAUCCUUCUUCUGGGAGGUGGCUUCGCCAUGGCCAAAGGUUGUGAGGAGUCGGGGCUGUCAGCAUGGAUCGGUGGGCAGCUGCACCCUCUGGAACGCGUGCCCCCGGUGUUGGCCGUUCUGCUCAUCACUGUGGUCAUCGCCUUCUUCACAGAGUUUGCCAGCAACACAGCCACCAUCAUCAUCUUCCUGCCUGUCCUAGCAGAGCUGGCUAUCCGGCUUCAUGUGCAUCCCUUGUACCUGAUGAUCCCAGGCACAGUCGGCUGCUCCUAUGCCUUCAUGCUGCCAGUCUCAACGCCCCCCAACUCCAUUGCCUUCGCCAGUGGACACCUGCUGGUCAAAGACAUGGUGCGGACUGGCCUCCUGAUGAACCUGAUGGGUGUCCUGCUGCUCAGCCUGGCCAUGAACACCUGGGCACAGACCAUCUUCCAGCUGGGUACCUUCCCAGACUGGGCUGUCACCCACUCUGCCAACGCCACCACCCUGCCACCUGCCUUGACCAACAGCACAGUUCAAAUCCUCUGAGCCUGAUGGGGAUUUCCCUUUGGGCUGGGCCUUCCCCAAGGGCAGUUGCUGUCACUUGUUGCUAGGACCUACAAGCUGAUCAAGCAAUUCUUUUCUGUAAUCUGAUAGGAGGCAGCAAGCAAGGAUGACCUGGGGCUCAAACUCACUGUCUGCGGCACCUUCUCUCUUUCUCAAAGCAUUUCAAAGCCAGCUAUCUCCUGGAUCUGCUGUCUGAGGAGCAGGCUUUUCUCACUGAGCUCAUCCUGUGGUUAGGGUGCCAGGUAAUCCACUUCAGCCACAAGGAACAAACCUGAAAUGGCAUUUGUCGUGCACACCUGGGGUUGGGAGCUAUCCGUGCUUAUGGCUGCCACUGACUUUAGGUUUCUGAAGACAUCACCACUCUGCUGGGGGAGGCGUUGUGGCUGCAAAGCUUAGGGCCAGAUGUUACAGAUGUUCACCGCAGACUGAAUUCUGCCUUUUCUGUUAUCUGUCUGCCCAGCAGCCAGAGGUUGUCUUCCAUUCCCUGAGGCAGAGGGAGGACGCAGGCCUCUGGGAGUUUCUUUGCUGCUUCUCUAGCCCCCCAAGCACACCACAGGGGUUUGAGAAACCCCCCGCUCACCUGUCUACCCAAGAUGCUUGGGUUCUCUUUUCUCAUCUGAUUCCCUUAGGCUAUAACUCUAGGUCAAGCCAUGCUGGAUGGGCCCCCAUUAUCCGUCUAGGACCCCUCCCAUCUGUGGCCCUUGGGAGUGGUCAUGGCUGCAGACCACCAGCUGUUUCUUACCCCCACAGCUGGGUUUGGCCUUUCCACUUCCACCCCAUAUGGUCAAUAUGUCUAAAUUGCAAAGGCUACAGUCUUCAGGGAUGAGAGAAAAAUGUGAAAGUAGGUGGAAGCCUUGAAGAAAACCAUGGCAAAAAAGGAAGUAUACUGUAACAUAUAUGUAGACGGAUACCCUGCCAUAUCCUGCCAGCAGAGACUGGAGCCAGGAAGCAUACUGUAACAUGUAUGCAGACGGAGACCCCGCCAUAUCCUGCCAGCAGAGGCUGGAGCCGGGCAGCAGACAGUUGCUGUCCUUAUUCCCAGCUUAAGCUUCUGGUAUCCUGUGAAUGGCACAGGGUGGGGACAGCGGGUAGCUUGGAACUCUGCUGACACCCGGGGGUGGAGCCCUCACUUCCUUCUGAGGGUGGACAUCCUGGGGUUGGACACUUUCUGAUAAGGCACAAGUGAGUCAGAGGGCUUUCCCAGUGCUGAGGUGGUGGGGGCCCUGAGCUGGAGGUGACACUACCAGACUGAAUCAGCUUCAGCCCUCCGGAAAUGGAUGGUGGUGUCUCUUAAGGGACGGGGACCACAUACUCAGAAGCCCAUGGCCUUGUGACCACAGGAUUCAUGAUUUCUGAUACUGCUGAUCAAAAAUGCGCUCAAAUAAAGAAUGUUGGUCAAUACUGGA